AUGGAUCCAGAUCUCGAAGGCUCAUCCCCCAGAUCAGAGAACAACGAGGAAAACCAGCCCCCUCCAAAUAAAAGGCCGAAAACCCACACCGUGCGCCGCAAGCCCGCCUGCCAAACGUGUCGACGGCGGAAGAUCCGCUGCGACAAUGGCCAGCCGGCGUGCGGGUUCUGCUACUCUAAUGACAUUGACUGUGUGUAUGUUUCGCGUGGAGAUGAUAGUACCAUUGGUCGACAGGAGUUCGGGAAAGUACUUGACCGGCUGGAUACAUUAUCCAAGACGGUCGAGAAUAUCCAGCAGCUUUUGAGCUCACGGGCGGAAACGCCGCAGCCGCAGCCGAAUUGGAGCCGGGCUCAGAUACAGCUCCCAGAGCGAGAGCGCGAGCGCGAGCGCGUUCCAACCCGAGCAGGAGAGUGGCAGCAGGAUUACCUGCAGAUCCCGGCCUGCCGAUGCAGCGCCGACGCAGUGCUCACCUGGCCGAUAUUCAGCAGCCAGUUCCGGGAAAACUCGCUCAUCACGACGCUAUUCCAGUACUCGCACGGGGUAGUCGAGUAUCGGUCUCGGUCGAGCGAGUCGGGGACGCUACCUGACGGGCUGCGGUUCACCCCGGACGAACAGAUCCCAGCGCUGGUGGACCAGUUUAUCCAGAACGUGCACACGAAAAACCCGAUUUUGGAUCUGGAGUUGCUGAUUCGGUCUGGUCGGCAUGCCGCGGAGUUUGGGCUGCAGUGGGAUGCGCAGUCUUGUUUGGUUCUGAUUGCUUGUGCGCUGGGGUGUAUAUCGCAGCCGUUUACGGCUUCUACCCAGGGUCCGCGGGCUACGGGGUCGCUUUUUGAAGGGUCUGGAUGGCCGACGUCGAGUUCUGCGAGUCAUUUGCGUGAGGGGGAGGCGUUUUUCAUGAUGGCGCGGAAGAGGAUUGGGUUAUUGCAGUAUUCUGUUAUCGGUGCUGAAUGUCACUUUUUUGCGGGAGUGUAUCUGAUGUAUACGUUUCGCCCGCUCUCGGCCUGGAACCACUUCUACCAAGCCUCGACAUUCUACCGGCUGCGGUUGAGGUUAAUUGAAGGCCUUGAUAGAUCGGUGUACGAGGCUGAGCAGCAACCAUCCGUUGCUCAACGUUUCGAACAGAGCCUGUAUUGGUCGUGCUUCAAGUCUGAGGUAGAAAUCCGCGUCGAACUACCACUGCCCCAGUCUGCGAUUGCGGAAUACGAAUAUCCAGCUCUGUUCCCUACGCCUCCUACACUGUCCGACGAAUACCCAAAACACCGAGACCAAACAUCUGACUGGAACCGCUCUGAAACCCCGUCUGUUCUCGACCCAGUCGGCCUUCCUGGGCUGGGGGUAUCAAACCACAUCACCAAGCUCUUCAACGAAGAACAAAGCUGGUACUACUACCUGACUGAGGUCGCCCUCCGACGCAUCGGAAACAGGGUCCUGAACGCAUUCUACCGCGGCGACUCCUCCACCUGGUCCAACAUCCGACCCCUGAUCCCAAUGGCACUCGAGUUCGAAUCCCAAAUCAACGCAUGGUUCGCGAACCUGCCACCGGCAAUGAAGUACUACGAAAGCAACUCCAGCCCAGACGCUUCCCAACAAGGCUACACCACCGACACCCGCGAGUCCAUCUCCCUCGAACUAAGCUGGGCACUGAGCAACCGCUUCCUGGAAAUCCGACUGUGGCUGUAUCAGCCCUUCCUGUACUUCGCAGCUCACCACCCCAUCGGACCAACCGCGGCGGCUGCCGCAUCUGCAACAAGAGUAAUCCUGCCCCCUCCUAUCAACAACGAGGAGUCGGCCAUCAUCCAAGACCUCGUCCAGUCCGGUCUAGACUGUAGCCUGAAGAUCCUGCAAGCGCGGUGUCUUCGCCACCGACACCACGGUAUCUGGUUUGACCUCCGAGCCUUGGUGACGGCAUCGUUAAUAUUCAUUGCGUUAACACGGAGCGGGAAUAUCGAACUCCCUCAUAUCCACCCUGGCGGAUUAAAGGCGCACCUCAGUCCCACGCUUGAAACCCUAACGUACUGGGAAGACGAGGCACCUGAUAUCAAGAAGGCACGGGGUGUUUUGGAUAACCUCCUUCGCGAUCUGGACUGA